AUGACCGAGACACUCAAAAUCACCGCAAAGCCCGACACCGACAUCUGGCGCAAACCCCCGACAUCGACGCCUUCAACGGUCCGCCGGCAUCCUCCUCCUCUUCCACCCCCGAGCACCAACCCUUCCUCCCAGCGCAAGUGGCUCAAGACCGGCGUCGAGCUGUACAACGGGUCCCCGCGCCUCUCCACCGUCGCCUGCGACCGCUGGGCCGAUUGGUCCGUCACCCCGCUCCCCGCCGCCGGCCUCGACCCCACCAACGGCCUCGUUACCGCCACCGUGCGCCUCGAGGCCUCCGUCGACCACCACGGUCCCAGCCUGUGGGUCUACGGCGUCGAUGCCGCCGGCGCCAAGGAGAGCCUGCGGGAGGUCUGCUGGAUCUUUGCCCUCGGUAAAGAAGGUGGCGACGACGCCGGCGAGUGGGAGGUCGAGGUCGCUGCCAUGGCGGCGCGGCCCAACAAGGAGGCGACCGACGAGCUCGAGGUCCAGUUUAGCGGAAUUCAGGUGGAAUGGAGGUGA